AGUCCCUGUUUUAGUAUGGGUCUCUAUAUAACGUUUCAUUUUGCAAAAAAACCCCUGUACUCAUUUGAAUUUCACUCGCUGUCCUCCCGUCAUCUUAUCCAUUCCUCCUGCGGCAACGGCGGCGGCUACGCCCAUUCCGUCGUGCGCCGUCGACGGCCGUCGCCGGCGUGUGGCCACGGCGAAGGUGGUCGGCCCAGACGGCUCUUUGGUGCAGUUCGCGGCGCCCGUCAUGGCGGGCGAGGCGCUGGGGGACGCCGCCAGCGCGUCGAGCUUCCUGUGCAGCGCCGACGAGCUCCGCUUCGACGCGCCCGCCCGUGCGCUGGCGGCCGAGGAGGCGCUGCAGCCCGUGUGGCUCUACUUCGCGAGCUCCGCUUCGACGCGCCCGCCCGUGCGCUGGCGGCCGAGGAGGCGCUGCAGCCCGGGUGGCUCUCCGGCCUCCACGAAAGGAAGGGUCCUCGGCCGGAACCUCCAUCAGGUUGCGUGCUUGGACCAGCAAAUCCAUCAAAUUCCGGAGUACUUGGACCAGAAAACAUGUCGCCUUCGAGUUCGCCGGAGGAAGAGACGCCGAGUUCGACGGAGGUAGAAGAACAUCCGUCGAGCCGUCCAAUAUCGACAACGGCGGCUACAGCAGACGUAUGUAGCCCCUUGAAAGCCAAAUCACUACAAAGGAAAUCAAGGCCGUCGUCUCCGUCAACUUCGCCUUCGCUGACUUUGCCGCAAGGCCAUCUGCCAUCGCCUCUGCGGACUGCCGGAAGACCAUCAGCGAUCGCCUAGACCUACUUUGCCGCAUGUACUUUUGAAGCAUCUGAUGGGUCUCAUCUUUUUGUCAAUUCGUCAGUUUACUGUAGCUAAUAUAGCUGUUGCCAACAGUAGACUACAUUUGACUGACAAGCAACACAUAAUGCCAUCCUACAUAUAUGGAUUCUGUUUGUACUUGAUAGCAGCAGACUAAAUUUUUGUUUCUGUUAUGGUUGAAGACUUGAAGUGCACAGGGUGUUGUUUGAUCUAUUUUCAAAUGAUACUGGUACACACAUGAAUUGUAAAGACUUAAAAUUAUGAAGGAUGAUUAACCAUAUAUAUAGUUGAGAAUCUAUUUGUGCUAA